AUGGAUGACAUAUUCACAAACCCUUUUAGUGAUAUGUAUGGUUUCACUGUAAGCUCAGGAGGAUCAGGAAAUCCAGAAAAUGAUGACUCUACAUCAAACAAUACCAACACAAAUCAAAUCAAAGAGAAAAGGAAGGAAGCAUGGGAAUCAGAAAGCGCGUUUGGAACUUUUAAUCGUCCUCCAAAGUUAAUGGCUAUUGAAGAUUAUACAAGAUGGGCAAUAAAAUUUGAAGAAUGGCUGAUGGCGUUUGCUUUCCCCAGCUGGAAAAGUAUGAAAAAUGGGUAUGCUGCGGGUAAAAACAAUGGUGAAGUAUUGAGAAGUAAUGAAGAGAUUGAUCUAUUCGUUGCUGAACAGAAAUGUGUAGCACUACUAUUUCAAUCUGUCAGGGAAGAUAUUAUUUCACUAAUCAGCUACACCAACGCCAAAGAUUUGUGGGAUAAACUGGGAAAGAAAUGUCUGGGAAGUAAAGAAAUCUUAAAGAACAAAACUAAACUACUAAAAAAGGAGUUUGAUAUGUUCAGUUGUUUCAAAAAUGAGUCAGUCUGCAAGAUGAUCGAACGUUUUGGUCAUCUUAAAUUGGAACUUGCACGUCAUGAUAUCAAAUAUCCUGAUGAGGAGAUAGUUGAUAAACUGUUCGAUUCUUUACCAGAUGAAAUGGACUGGAGGUACUAUGCUUUGAUGUUGAAAAACACCAUUCCGCCAGAAGAACUAAAACCAGAUGUAGUGAUUGAACGACUGGAAAGCCAUGAGCUAGAAUUGAAGAAAACGUACAAAGUCAAUCAUUCAUAUCAACAAAAUCCAGAACUAUACUAUCCCAAAAGUUUGAUGCCCAAAGCCUCAUCACCGAAAACUGCAUUUUCUGCCGAAAACAUAUCUCCAGUUCCUAAAGAAAAUCAAAGCAACUCAAACAAAGAAAGUCACAGUGGAUAUCAUAGUGGGUCUACUUCUAUUCCUACUGCCUCGACAAAUCGUUCUGAUUCAAAGUUCUCAUGUAAUAUUGCUGUUGAUCUGAAGAAUGCACAAAACUUUGAUGAAGAAUCUGUGAAGCAACAGAUGGUGUUUCUAGCAUCUGUGCUAGAAUCAUAUGAGGGGCUGAUUGCUGGAAAGAUUGGGAAUACUAAUCUGACAAAAGAAGACUAUGAUCAGAUAGAUCCCGAAGAGAUGGAGUUAAUUGAUAUCCAAUGGGCAAUGGCGAGUGCAGUGCGACGUGCACAACGCUUUAUGGAGAUAACGGGAAGAAAAACAAUCGGUGGUCCUUCAACAAAGCUGGGAUUUGAUAAAUCAAAGGAUGACUACUACAAGAAAGCUAUCUAUCAUCAGAAUAAGUCCGAACCGCCAAGAAUAAAGCAAUCUGAAGACAACAAAGGAAAAUCUAGAGCUUUGGCAGUGAUUUACGAUGAUGAAGGAUAUGAUUGGAGUAAGGAAGUAUUACCUGAAGAUGAUGCUAUUGGUUAUGCUUUUAUGGCGAGUCAUAAUGAACCAAUUCAAUGGAAGGAUAAUCGUACAGAACAACAAAAGUACGAAUAUCGAAAAAUGGUUGCUGAAGCAAAGAUCAUCCGACUCUCAGGUGUUUAUGAGGAAGCAACACGUGCAAACCGAUGGGAUCCAGAUAGAGAGUGUUAUUUGGAUGAAUAUGGUAACAUUGCUGUCGACUACAAGAAGAUAGACAUUGAAGCCAUUAUCCAAGAAUACAAAGAAGAGGAUGAGUACUGGCAACACAAAUGGUGGGGUACACCAACAUCGAAAAUGAUCGAGGAAGAAAGAGAGAAAGAAAGAAAAGAAAAGGAGAAGAUAGAAGAACCUGUGAAAAUUGACACCGGGUUGAUCAACACUGCACAGGAGAUGACAGCUGAAAACUUGAGAGAAAUGGCUGAUAAAGUGCUUGCUGUCAAAGCACUUGAGGUAGAUUCUACUCCUAAUUCUGAGUUAAAGAAACAGGUCAGUCAAACUAAGUCAUCAACUGUGUCAGGUAACAAAAACAAUUGCAAUGCUGAUUGCAAAAGUUGUAACAAACAAUGCAACUUUUGUACAACUGUCACAUACCUCAAUGGGGAGAAAAUCAAGAAUCUGACAGAUAAUGUUAGAAAACUUGAAAGUCAAAUUCUUGAUUGUGACAAAGAGUCAAAAGAAUCAGCUGAACAAAUAAAAGAAUUGAAAACUGAAAACCUGAAAAUUAAAGCUGAUCAUGACAAAAUUCUUCUUGAAAGCAGAAAUAUAGAACCUCGCACAUACAAAGAGGCACUUACUGAGGAUUCCUGGGUCAACGCGAUGCAGGAAGAGUUGAAUCAAUUUGAAAAGUUGAAAGUUUGGAAGCUGGUGGAUCUACCUGAAGGUCAUCGGAAAAUAAAUACCAAAUGGGUGUUUAAGUGUAAGAGGGACGACAGAGGAGUAGUAGUCAGAAACAAAGCUCGGCUCGUCGUUCAAGGUUUCAGUCAACAGGAGGGAAUUGAUUUUACAGAGCUUGAUGUAAAGUCGGCCUUUCUAUAUGGCAAAGUGAAAGAGGAAGUAUAUGUGGGACAGCCGCCGGGGUUUGUCGAUCCACAUCAUACAAACAAAGUGUAUCUUUUGGAUAAAGCUUUAUAUGGCUUGCACCAGGCCCCGAGAGCCUGGUAUGAGACUUUGUCUCAGCACUUGCUAGCCAAUAACUUCAUCCGGGGAACAAUUGAUGCUACUCUUUUCACAAAGAUUGUUGAUGUGGUUGAUGGAAUUGUUAGCGUUGAUGCAGAAACCACUGUGGAUGAUGAUGAUAAACAAUCUGCAAUGGGACGAGGAAAAGACACUAACAAAGGACACAAUGUUCCAAGUGCAAUUGAUGAGGUCUCUACUAAAGGAACAGAAGCAGAAAAAAUGGCUGAGUGCUUAAGAAAAAGCAGAAUUGCUAAGGCAUUGUCUGAUACAACAAUAGUUUAUGAAUCUCAUGUUAGAAGAUUUUGGGACACUGCAAGGUUUGAAGAAAAGGAUAAUAAAAUUUAUGCAGUAGUCAAGAAGAAAGAUGAAAACAACAAGGAUAUUGAUGUUGAAGUAGUGUUUGGAGUAGAGGACAUAAGAAGGGUUCUUGAUUUACAAGAUUCUGACAAUGAUCCAACGAUCAUGUCAGAACGUCUUGCUAAAGGGCUAUGGUGUAGAUUGGGAUUUUCUUCACACAUCAACGGAAAAAUGUUCAAAAGGAGUUUCUCGAGUCAAUACAGAUACUUAAUGCAUUGCUUAGUGCAUUCCCUAUCUCACAGAAAGGGAGCCUAUGAUGAGGUGUCCGACUACAUAAUGAACAUUGUUGUAAAAAAUUGCUUAGCUGGGAAAGACAAAUACAUUAUGUACCCAAGAUUCAUUAUGAUGAUCUUGGAUGACAAAGUUAAGGAUUUGCCAAAGAAUAAUGAUGAUAUUAUGGCAAUGGCUGAAGUGAAUAAGACUGCUAUUCUGAGAAUCACAAAGGAGAAGGAUGCUAAAACAAAAGAGUUGAUCUGUGCAUUAAAGGAUGAAGCAUACGUAGCUCCUGAAAAUGAUAGAUGGAGACAUGAUAAUAGUGAUUCAGACAAUGAAGACAAUAAGAUGAGUGAAAUGAUUGAAAAGAAAACCAGAUGGUGGUGUAUCAAAGAUGGAAAGAGAAAGAGAACACCAAAGUCGACCCCUGUGGUUGUAAUUAAAGAAACAGCAAAGGGGUCUUCUGAAGAACCUCAAAGAAAGCUAAUUGAUGAACCUGUCAUAGAACCGAGGGAGGUGGUUGAUAAAGGUGUUGGUUUAAAAGAGACUUUGGAAAGCUAUUUUAAAAAGCAUGAAGAGGCUGAACAAGCACAAGCUCAAAAGAAAGUUGGUCAAGAAGAGGAAGCUCAAAAGAACUCCAGUAAUGAAGAUUCAGAAGAAACUUUAUCUGAAUCUGAACUGGUCAAAGAGACAGUGGGAAAAGGAAAGGUACAACUGAAGAAAAGACCUUUAAAGAAAAGAAAGAAUUCUGAAGAUGAAGAUUCACCGUACAAUCCUGAGGAUUCCCAGAAAAACAGAAAGAAAAGAAAAGCUACUCGCACCGGUGAUAUUCCAAGAGUGGUUAGAGCAAAGAAACAGAAUGCUAAAUCACAAAAAGAGAAGGAAGGGAAGAAGAAACAGGACACUGCUGAAACUAGUCCUGUAGUUGAGAUACCAAAAGAAGUUCCUUUAACAGAAAUUCCAAUAGAAACACAAACUUCUUAUGAUGAUUAUGUGGAGAUCACCGGAGUCAAAUCUGCUAAACAAACAUCUGAUCGUCAUGAUAUUCCAGAAUCAUCACAACGAAAGACAGAUUAUUUCAACUUAGAUUUUGAUAGCCUUGGUGGUGCUACUGGAGAUUUCUUUAAAGAUAUGCCAGAGAGUGAAGGAGACCUAUUUCAUGAUAAAAAGAUGAAAGAAUUGGAAGAAAAAGUUAAAGCCUUGGAAAAGGAAAAGGAAGAAAACGAAGCUGUACAAAUAAAGUUGAAGGAAAUGAUUGAUGAGUUGGAGAAACGGCACGAAGACGUAAUGGAUGCAGUGCUUACAAAAGAUGAGAAAUUGAAUGAAAUGAAGGAAGAUAUAAAAGAUAAUGCAGAACUUAUUAGUGCACUUACUGAUGAAAUUGCUGCAUUGAACGCCAAAGUCAAAGACUUGCAGAAUAUCAAUCAGACUUUGAAUCAACUCUUAAAUGAGAUGAAUGAAGCUUCGACAAAUGAAAUGAAGGCAAUGAAGCUAGAGAUGGAAGCUAUGAGAGCAGAUAAGGUGAUGAAAGAUAAGCAACUGGAAAUGCUUACGGCUGUGAUUGAAGCACAUCUGAAGGUGAACAUCCACGAGGCUUUUGAUCAAGUUGACAUUAUCAAGGCAAAUGAAAGAAGGAAAGAAAGAGAAAGACAGCUUGCUGAAGAAGCUAACCUGAAAAAUAAAGGCAUAGCAGAAGAAGUUGAAGUUGUUGGAUCUUCACAAAAUCAACUUGAGGUAGGUGGAUCAUCUUCUCAACCAGAAAUUGAAAUGGUGGAUGCUCAAGAUGUUACAGUAAAUGAUGAAGAAAUGGUGGAAGCAGAAAAUGAAGCAGUUCAUGAACCAGAGUUUAUUAUGGUUGGUGAAUCUAUAGAGCCUAUUAUUCCGGAGAAUGUUUUGAGAGACGUUCAAAUCAUACAAAGAAAGAAAAAGGCUAAAGAAGUAUUACUACUGGAGUACUCUACCGACAAGUUUGUAUUAGUUGGAAAAGCCUAUAGAGUGCCCUAUAGUGAAGAAGAAUCUGCCAAGUUGUUAAGAUUUUUUGAAUUAAAGGAUCAAGGGAAGAUAGCUAGAGGAGAAGUGGAAGAAGAAUCUGAUAGUGAUUUUUGGGAGGAAGAAGAUGAAGAUGAUGAUAAAGAUGAUAAAGCAGACGAUAAAUCCGAUGAUGAUGAUAAGCCUGAUGAUGAUGAUGAUGAUCAAGGCACAUCAGGUUUGCUAAUCAAUGAUCCAUCUGUUCAAGAUAAAGUAAAUGAACUCAUGAAUGAUGAAGUGAAUGAACAGAAUGAUGAUGUAGAGUGUGAAGGGUCAUCUUCUGAAAACCAAUCCGGUGAUCAGGUACAUCAACUCACAUCUACUUUUAUUUCUCUUUCUGAAUAUCAUCAAGGAGAAGUAGAUAUUAUCAGAACAAGAGCUGAAAUGCUUGAGGAGUUGGGGUUAGAAGAUGGGAAGUUUAAAUUUGAUAUCGAAGAUGAAAUCCCAGAGUCUCCGAUUAAAAACUUUGAACCACAAUUUCCACUUGAAGCAGAAUUUUAUGAUAAUGUGACCAUAGAGACUGAUUCAGAUUCGGAAGAAGAAAGAAUAGAUUUUCACUAUGAAGGUGAAGACAUGGCAUUUCCUACAUUCACAGAGUUAUUUGAAGACAUGAAUGCAGAAUUAUUGAAGAGAAAAAUUGAAGAAAGAGUUGCAUCUGCUGAUAUGCCUGAACCAGUUCCAAGAGAAAUUUCUGCUGAAGAGAGAAAGAAAUGGUUCAGAUCAAUGCCAAAGGAAAGAAAGCCUCUUAGAGCCCUACAGUAUUUUACUCAUGAUAAAGACUUAUCUUGGGGUGAUAUUCUUUCUUGGGGGUAUCUGGAAGACUUGAAUGUUUAUGCAAUUCGGAGAGAGCAAGGUGUUCAAUACUUCAGGUGCAUUUCUGAUCUUGCUACCUUACCUUGGUGGGACGUAGAUGAAUUGGUGGUUACAAAGAAUAUUAAACAAUUCUACUACGGUCCUGAAGUAAAACAGAGAGACCAGAAGCUGUGGAAUUACAUCAAGUAUCAAGCAACGAUCAAUUAUCCAGAUUGGAAACCACAGUUUCCUAAAAGAACUGUGAAGUAUACAGCUAAAGGUGAGAAGGAUGUUACUCUUGAUGUCAAACCGCCAAAAUGUUUGAAGAGCAUGCCUUUAAGGGCUAUUGAGCAGGAUUUCUAUGAUUUAUUUCAAGCAUGGCUCUAUAAUCCUUCUACUGCUGAAGCUGUGAUCUCUUUGUACGAUAAAGACACUGGUGAAGCUAGGAAAAUUUGUAUUCUAGACCCGAUGUGGCUGGUAAAUUGCUCAAAGAAAGACAUAGAUUGCUUGUUUGUCAACAAGAUAAUCUAUGACAAGAAAGACAAAGCCAUUGCUCAGCAGUACCAGAGUGUAGUUGAUGUCUGUUUUGCUAAAGAAAUCAACUCUGGUAAGAACUGGAAAACCUCAUGGAGAGAACUAGAGGUUGAUGAGUUUCUAAAGGUGUACAAGAGAAGUUUAAGAUCCAAGGAAAUUCAGAGAAAAGCUGUUGAAAGAGGAAGACGAAAUCUUGGAUUUGUACCUCCUACUGAUCAGACACCCAUAGAGUCUGAAGAGAACAAGAUCCCUAAGUGGGACAGAAAAAGAGAUGGAGAUCCAGUGUACAGAAAUUGGUGGAUAACAGAGGGAAGACAUAAGAGAAGACAAAUGUUAGCUGAUCGAGAAGAGAAGAGAAAACAAAAGGCACGAGACAGAAGACGCAACAGGAGACUGUUGAACAUGGAAAUCAUAUGUCUUUCUGUAUCUGUAUAUGAUUUGCUGGAUUCCGCACAGCAAUCAUAG